GGAGAAACCUGGAUGAAUUAGCUCCUCUGCUACUUUAGGACACAUUUUUCCUUCUUUCGUUUCCGCCUGAAAGAAUCAAAGCGCCUCAAUGCGGCGGUGUGCGUUUAAUGCGCCGGAAAAAACGUCGUAAACUUUAACAUCCAGACGGUGAACGGCGGUCUGACCGCGGACGGUGAGUUAGCUCGACCCGACGAAAGUUAGCCUGCUCCGGCUAACUUAGUUAGCCCGCCUCGGUUAGCAAAGAGGACACAAAAACAGCAGGCGAGUUAAAAAAAAAAAAGGGUAAAAGUGGCGCCGCGGCGGAAAGUUACUCGUUAUGUUGCCUCCCGGGAUUAACUUCAGAUACGGAUGAGACAGAAGUUGGACACCGGGGGACACCGAGAACUACCGACGGAUAUGUUGGGGUUGGUUCCCGGCUCUGGAGGUUGGCCACACUCGGUGCUGUGGAGGCUCGGGGGCUUCUUCCCUCUGCUGCUGGAGGGGGCCGCCUGCCUGGCCAACCCGGGAGGCUCUACCGGCCUCAACAACAACAACAACAACAACAACAACAACAACAACAACAACCACCCGAGUGUCAACAUUUACAUGAGCGUCGAGGAGGUGAAGAAGCUUUUAGGCCUCGAUGCAGAGCUCUACUAUGUGCGAGACGAUGUGGUGAAUCAUUAUGCUCUCUCCUUCACCCUGCCGGUGCCCAGCGAGACCAACAGCCUUCACUUCUCAUGGCAUUCCAAGACCAAGGUUGACUACCGGCUUGGCUUCCACAUGGAGAACCCUGUUGCCAUGAACCAACCGCAGAGCAACAUCUCCAGUCAGGGGGAGGUGCCCCGAGUUCCCUCUGUCUUUAGAGUGGACCUCUUCUGUUCCGGCAAAGUCGAUGGAGAGGCUGUUUUAACGGUGCAGCUCAACCUGACCAUCCAUGCCAACAACUACACAGUGCUCAACUUCAAGAGGAGGAAAAUGUGCUACAAAAGAAUCGAUUCUGACCCAAAGAUUCCCAUCAUCCCCAACAACAACACUCAACGGCCUGAGUAUGGUGUGAGCACCCCCACCACCUCCACCCAGGUCUUCUAUAUAAGUGUGAGCGUCUGCUGCAUUGUCAUCUUUCUCGUGGCCAUCAUCCUGGCCAUCCUGCACCUGCACAGCAUGAAAAGAGUGGAGAUGGAGGACAGUGUGAGUGACAGUGGGAGCUCACAGGGCCUGUCUCAGCCGUCCACGCAGACCACACAGUACCUGAGGGCGGACACGCCAAACAACGCCGCCCCUGUCACCAACAAUCACCCUGGUUCUGCACCCAUUCUCCAGCUUGCUGCCUCCUCCUUCCAAAACCCCGGUGUCCCCCCUCAUGAAACCAAAAGUUACCCCUCGCUCCGCAUCGAGAAGAACGACCUGAGGAGCGUCACUCUGAUCGAGGCCAAAGCUAAAGUGAAAGACAUUGCCAUCUCGAGGGAGAGAGUCACACUGCGAGACGUCUUGCAUGAAGGCACAUUUGGCCGCAUCUUCCACGGCGUGCUGCUGGACGAGAAGGACCCCAGUAAGGAGAAGCAGGUCUUUGUGAAGACAGUGAAAGAUCAUGCGUCUGAGGUGCAGGUGACCAUGAUGUUGACUGAAAGCUGCAAGCUUCGUGGACUUCACCAUCGAAAUCUGCUGCCUAUAAGUCACGUGUGCACGGAGGACGGAGAGAAGCCCAUGGUGCUGCUGCCUUUCAUGGCUUGGGGGAAUCUCAAGUUGUUCCUGCGGCAGUGCAAGCUAGCUGAGGCCAAUAACCCACAGGCGAUCUCUCAACAAGACCUGGUUUACAUGGCCAUCCAGAUUGCAUGUGGGAUGAGCUACCUGGCUCGCAGGGAGGUCAUACACAAAGACCUCGCUGCCAGGAACUGCGUCAUUGACGAUAACAUGCAGGUGAAGAUAACAGACAAUGCCCUUGCCCGAGACCUGUUUCCGAUGGAUUACCACUGUCUGGGGGAUAAUGAGAACAGGCCGGUCCGCUGGAUGGCCCUGGAAAGUUUGCUCAACAACGACUUCUCGAGUGCAAGUGACGUGUGGGCCUUCGGCGUGACGCUGUGGGAACUGAUGACUCUGGGUCAGACGCCGUACGUCGACAUCGACCCGUUUGAGAUGUCGGCCUACCUGAAGGACGGGUACAGAAUAGCACAACCAAUCAACUGUCCAGAUGAACUCUUUGCAGUGAUGGCGUGCUGCUGGGCGCUGGACCCGGAGGAGCGGCCCAAGUUUCAGCAGCUCGUUCAGUGUCUCACAGAGUUCCACGCAGCGUUGGGCGCUUACGUGUGAAAACAAACUAAUUUUUUUUUUUCCAGGAGCAGCGACACUAAAGGCUGGCGGACACUUCUCAUAAGGAAUACGUUAAUGUGCCUUAUCAGAUGAAAAAGGCAGACUUUGGCCUGACGUUUUUAUUUUGUACAGUCCUUUUGGGGUUUUUAUAUAGUUGAAUUACCUUUUUACAGCAUAGCAAAGUAAAAGGAUUCUUUGAUUUUUAUUUUUUUUUCCUAUGAAAGCGUCUAAAAAGGUGGUGCUCCUCUCCUGCAUUCCUGGACGUUUUGUGCCGUCGGACAGUUUUUUUUUAAUUGAAGCUUCCGACAAACUGGUUUUAAAGACAGUAUUUUCUACAGUUUUCUAACUUAGUGAAAGAGUGUAAAUUGUAGACGUGGAUGAGAGUACCUCUACAGCGGGAGGAUUUUAGGUACCAAAGUAGACGUAAGGGCUUCAUUUGUAUAUGUAACCACACUCUCAAACAUGGUACGAGACGCCUCGAGGAAACCACAUUUGUUGAUUUCUUUGCGAAUGGUACGCCGUUUCCUCUGGACGACGCUCUUUUCUUUUUUCCUUCUUCGUGGAUCAAACGUAUGGACGCCACAGCUUGUACAAAAUUCAGCAUCGCAAAGCUACAUUUAUGACUUGAUUUUGAAACGUCCGGAGUGGAUUUUGGACACUAAUUGAACGCCACCAGCUUCUCCCUCUUUUGUACAUUUUAUUUCCACUGUCACAUCCUCCGAACAGAAUUAUCAUUUUUUUAAUAAGCUUGAUUGUUCUGCGUCAGAACACAGCCCCUUCACAGGAUUUCUUUGAUUUUUGUGAAUAACUAGAACAAUAAUAAUCACUGUGAACACACAAAACCGCCCACCAGCUUCGGUCUAAUCUUAUUCUCACACCUCGAAACAUCUUUGCGUGUUUAUGGUCACUGCAUGUUGAAUUAAGGUUUUAAACUGCUUCCCGAAUUUCAUAUCCACAAAUUAAAUGGGAUCUUUUAAAUAUA